UUUCAGUUUGUGGCAACAAAAUGUCACACAAGCGCGUUAGAACUAUUGGGUAGCAACGAGCAAGGUUGCCCAAAGUGAGAAGCAAGUUAUUUCUUACAACGCAGUAACCUGUGAAAGGUAGUGGAUUAGUUUUAUAGAAGAAAAAUGGAAUACGCAAGCUUCGUAAAUGAAUUGGCCACGGUGGGUCUCAAUUCUCCCCGGUGUCCUCCAGAAACUCCGUACACACGCCAGUUCGAACAGAGCAUGGAAGCGUUACUGGUAAAUUAUGAAUUAUCCGAUGAAGAUGCCUACGGCCAGCAACCAAACGCAAAUAGCACUCAACCAAGGAAAAAGGUAUUGCUGAAAACCAGCAGUUUUUACGAUGAUACAUCCGAUCGCUCCUGCUCGGAAAGUGACCAGGAACUGAAGCCAUCCGUGACGACAUACCAAAGAUCCGGUUCCAUGAUGGAUUGCCAAUACUCGUUCGACUCUGGCCAAGGGUUGUCGACGCGCUACGAUUCGUCCUGUUCCAGCCGAGAUGAUGGUACGGAAUCGAACAGUGAUUGGAAUGAUUUCGUUGAAGGCUUACGGCCAAAACAUGUUGGUCAGACAGACCAACCAGACGAUAUCGAUGUCCACGGAGAAUCUUUAACUCAAGGUAACUUGCUGCGAAAAGGGCACUUAACUGUGACUGAACAUUCUAUAAACAUGAGCUGGCAAAAUGAGAUGCAAGAAAUGGCCGAAGAGAUUUUCACAACUAAUCCACCACUGAAUUCGUCCAUUUUUACAUCUAAAUCAAGAUCAGGCGCCGUGAAGCGUACAUACGAUGAAGCGAAUAGCUAAAGGAAGCUGUUAGAUUAUAAUGCUUUUGAAAAUAACAUUAAAAAUACUCAAACCCUUGGCAGGACGAUGGUGUUGGAUUGUCGAUGUUCAAGCUGAGUAAAUUGUAUCAUUUUAGUGUGCUAUAUAAAUCAUCUCAAGACAAAGAGGUCCGCGGCAGUCUAGUCAAACUCAUGAAUUAUAUUGAAUAACUAGUGAUCAGCAUCAUUUCUGCCAUCUAAAUGCGCAAAUAUUCGCUUUAAAAUAAAAGAUAUUUAUUUUC